CUGCAUCACCUACGGUGAGAUCAUAACUAUUAGGGACUCCGAAUUGUGGAAGUCUUGAUUUCCUUUUAUUUAAAGAGCUCGAACUUGUUGUUCUUCAAAUUCCAUAUCUAACUGUUGUAAAUAUAUCGGUUUAGCCUUAAUAAAAUCAUUUGAAGCAAUGGAAGAAAUUUGCCUAUUAAAUCGACUGUUUUGUUUUAUUGUUGCUUGUUCUUUUAUUAGCCUAAUCUUAGCUUUCUCUGACUCUGGACCAUUUUCAGCAGCCCACUGGUUUGACUUAUGGUGUUUAAAAUAUUUUUGAAGUGAUGAAAUUGAUUGGCUUAUGAGCUUGCAAUUAUUUUUUGCUCCGUGAUUUGUUUGAGAGUAAUGGAUAUUUUUCACGUAGCUAUCUAGCUAGCCACUCACAUGUAAUACAGCUGAAUGGCUAAUCCACUCAUUCUAAAAAUUAGUUAAUCCACACAAAAAAUAUAAAGAAAGAUACAAAAAGCAAGUCUUCAUACAUUAUAAUACACUUUGCAGUUUCUCAAUUCUGGUUGUUAAUCCUAUCUAGGCUAAAAUUCCAUCCAGAAAUACAGAAAAGGAUCAAAAGAAUUGACAGUAGAUAGUGCUGAGAUGGAAAUCCAAGAACAAACAAUCGAAAAAUUUAAAGGGCAGACAAGACUUCCAGAAUUUGCAGUCCCAAAACGCUAUGAGCUUACUUUAAAACUGGAUCUCUCUGCUUGCACUUUUUCUGGAUGUGUAGCUAUUGAUACUUCUAUUAACAAGCCCACGAAAUUUCUGGUCUUGAACGCACUCGAACUCGUCGUUCAUCGAGUCUACUUCACCAGCUCUCAGAAACAAAAACAUGUUCCAUCUGAUAUAGUGGUGGAUAGUGAUGAUGAGAUUCUUGUUUUGGUGUUUGAAGAGUUAUUGGAAGUGGGAUAUGGCUUAUUGGAGAUUGAGUUUUCAGGGGUGCUAAAUGAACAUCUGAAGGGCCUAUAUAGAUGUACUUACUCUGAUAAAGGGGAGAAGAAGAAUAUGGCAGCAACUCAAUUUGAGGCAGUUGAUGCACGGAGAUGCUUUCCUUGCUGGGAUGAACCUGCUCUCAAGGCCACCUUUAAGAUAACGUUGGAAAACAUUCCAUCCGAUUUGACAGCAUUGUCUAACAUGCCGGUUUCUGAGGAGAAAGUCCAUGGGCAUCUCAAGACCGUUCACUUUGAAGAGUCAAUUCUUAUGUCUACUUACUUAGUGGCUAUCGUAGUUGGUUUGUUCGACUACAUUGAAGACACAACAGAUGAUGGAAUCAAAGUCCGGUCCUAUUGCCCAGUAGGUAAAAGUGAUAAGGGCAAGUUUGCUCUCGAUAUUGCUAUGAAGACACUCAGUUUUUUCAAAAUGUAUUUCUCGACACCCUAUCCACUUCCAAAAAUGGAUAUGGUUGCAGUUCCUGAGUUUUCCGGUGGAGCCAUGGAGAAUUAUGGUUUGAUUACAUUCCGAGAGAGCGAGCUCCUUCUUGAUGAAUUGCAUUCCGCAGCAGCUAACAUACAGAGGCAAACAAUCGUCGUGGCUCAUGAAGUUGCUCAUCACUGGUUUGGUAACUUGGUGACAAUGGAAUGGUGGACUCAUCUAUGGCUUAAUGAGGGCUUUGCUACAUGGGUGAGUUAUUUGGUUACUGACAAACUAUUCCCCGAAUGGAACAUUUGGAACCUAUUUCUUCAAGAGACAGAAGAUGGCUUGCAAAUGGAUGCAUUGGAAAAAUCACAUCCAAUUGAGGUCGAAAUACCUCAAGCUCGAGCAGUUCUUGAAUAUUUUGAUGACAUAAGCUAUAGAAAGGGGUGUUCUGUUAUCAGGAUGUUACAAAAUUUUCUUGGUGACGAGAUUUUCCAGAAGUCAUUAGCUUCCUACAUGAAGAAGUUCGGAUUCAGCAAUGCCAAGACAGAAGAUCUAUGGAAGGUUAUCGCAGAGACUUCAGGAGUGGAAGUCGACAAAAUCAUGAACAUGUGGACAAAGCAAAUGGGCUACCCUGUUAUUACAGCAAAGCUGAAGGGCACUACUUGCGAAUUCGAACAGACCCAUUUUUUGUCUUCAGCACUGGAUUCUGAUGCUCAAUGGAUAGUUCCAGUGACAUUGUGUGUAUCUUCAUACGAAAACCAGAAGAAAUUUCUGUUAGAAGCAAAAAAUGGGCAGUUGGAUAUUGCUGACAUAGAAGACAUUGAAGAGAAUUGGUGGAUCAAAAUUAAUGUCCACCAAGCUGGUUUCUACAGGGUGAAAUACGACGAUGAUCUUGAAGCUCAGCUACGGAAAGCUAUAGCGAGCAAUUGCUUAUCGGCAUCAGACGAAUUCGGGAUUUUGGACGACGCGUUUGCUCUCUGUGAGGCGUGCUUGACACCGUUCUCGUCUUUGCUUCACUUGAUGGAUACGUACAGGAAAGAUCUGGAAUAUAUCGUGUUGACAAGGCUCAUCAAUAUUAUCUACAGUACUUCAAGAAUCAUAAGAGAUGCCAUCCCAGAUUUGGAGUCUAAUUUAAAGCAAUUCUUCAUCAGUCUCCUUCAACCACAUGCAGAAAAACUGGGCUGGGAUGCCGUACCGGGUGAAAGCCAAUUAGAUGAACUAAAAAGGGAGCAGGUUUUGACAGCAUUAGUGAAUCUCGAUCAUCUUCAGACGAAAGAGGAAGCAAUAAAUCGUUUCCAAGCAUACCUGGAGGAUAAAAACACCUCAUUACUUCCAGUUAACACCAGAAAGGCUGCUUAUGUAGCAGUGAUGAGAAAUACGAGCAGUGCAGAUAAAACCGGGUUGAGGUGGCUGCAAAAGCUAUACAAAGAAGUCGAUGCAGUUCAAGAGAAGACACGGAUUUUGCGCUGCAUCGGUUCUUCUCCCGACCCUGCUAUAGUUUCAGAAGUUCUUGACUUCGCGUUAUCGCACGAGGUUCCUCAACAAGAUAUAGUCUAUGUGCUUCGGGUUUUAAGCUGGGAAGGUCGCACCACGGCAUGGACGUGGCUUAAGGAAAAUUGGGAUCUGAUACUGAAGAAAUGGGGAAAGGAGAUGCUUCUUACUCAUUUCAUACGAGACAUUAUCACACCAUUCUGCAGUGAUGAUGUGGCAGACGAAGCUGAAGUGUUUUUCGGUGGAGACGACGCUCUUCCCUCCAUCGCGCUAAAUCUGAAGCAAAGUCUGGAAAAGGUGAGGAUCAAAGCAAGAUGGGUUGAACACAUAAAGCAGGAAACACAGCUUCUUGUAGCAUUUGUGGAGAGACUGGCUUCCAAGUAGUGGGCUCUUGAAUCAUGAUGAGUGAAAUCCAUCAUUUACCACUGAGAUAUAAUCAUAUUACAAGUACAAGGAUACCGUAAAAGAUACUCCAUCUAUUUCGUUAUUAGUGACUCAGCUUUCCACUUUGAUUUGCCCUAUAAUCCUAUUAUAAAUGAUUCAUUUUAUACAUAGUAAAUAUUAUUUUAAACCCCAAA